AUGGCUGUUCAUGCUGUUUUAGGGAAAGAUAAGGCGAGACUACCUACAGCAGAUCAAUUUGCCACAGCAGUACGAGACCGGAUGACGGUCUUGACGCCACCGAGCUUGGUAACGGUUCAAACGCUGUUGGUACUCUCCAUGUACGAGUGGGGAGUCGGGAACCGACAGCAAGCCUGGCUGAUCAGCGGCAUGGCUAUCAGGAUCAUGCAGUCUCUACAGUCUAUGACCGCUUCUACAGAACAUCCCCCUGAAGAUUUGAAUGUGCACAAUCGUACCUUGUGGAGCUGCUUUAUCAUGGAUCGCUUAAUCUUCUCAGGAAUGCCUCAGCCAUAUGCGCUUUCAUGCAUUUCCCUGCGAACCUCUUGGCCUUCGUCAGAAGAAGACUUCGUGUUUGGCCUGCCCCCAGUGUCGUCACGUCAUGCCACAGCUGGGCGAAGUCUCCUCGAGCACAUGCCUGGAAACAUGGCGAACUCCUACAACGUUCUCGUUAGGGGCUUCGAUAUAUGGGCGCGCAUCCUACAGUGGGUCAUUAGUGGAGGACGGUUCUUGCCUGAUAUGAGUCUUCCUGCAAAUUGUCCCUGGAAUCCUACGUCACCCUGGGCGUCACUAUAUCAAGAACUACAGGCAUGGAGAAGCCUUUUGGAAGAACGGAUGCUUUUCCCCAAAGUCUCCGUGGAGAGCCAUGCUGCACUCGAACAGGCCGAGCCUUUCGCCUACGUCAAUCUAGUCUACUACAUCAGGUGCGUAAACACAUACAUUCUUGCAAGAAGAUUCAUCUGA